AUGAACGACGAUUGCUUGGGCUAUAUAUUACAAUAUUUAUCCGAUGAAGAGCGUAUUCAUUUCGCACAAACAUGUCGGCGGUUUCGUCAGAUUUUUACUGACUGCUAUCGCUCUCGAUAUAAAAAGUUUUCCCUCGAUAUGGAAGGCAAAAGGCAAGAGCUUACAAUGUUUUGUAUUUGUCGCGAAUCGGUAACACAUUUGACAAUCAAUAUUGACUCGUUUGAUCGUUGCGUGAAAGGCUUUCAAGAUCACAGGCAGAUGGCCCCAACGAAUUGCUUUGAAAUUUUAUGCGCCAAUUUAAAGGGUAUGGAACAGUUGCAACGUUUGAUUAUAAACAAGAGAGAACGCUACAAUUACCCCCUUGGUAAUUUGUGGCAAUUGCAGAAUCUUCAUGAGCUUUAUUUGGACAUCCAGCAUAUAGACUCGCAAAAUUUGGUCAAAUGCUGUAAAACCAAUGCCAAUCUGCGGGUGUUACAUCUGGGGUACGGCUGUGUGCAUCAAAAUCUCGCCAACAUUUUUCCUCACUGCCGAAACUUGGAAGAGUUAAAGUUUGGCGUGAUGGCGGAGGCAACAGAGUACUGCCAGAUUGCCCGUCUGCCCAAGCUUACGAAACUGACACACUUUGGGGUCCGACGCAGUGGAUCCUUCGCAUUGCUACUGAGUGCUCUGAAUAUGCGGCCAAAUCUGCAACGACUUUUUAUCGAUGGAGGCAGCCUAACCCUACAGGAGGCACAACUACUUACUGGUCUGCGGAAUCUGAGAGAGAUAAAAUGCUUCUGCUCAACAGCCGAUUGCGUUGCCCUGCUAUCGCAAUUGACCGCCUUGGAGGGGCUGAGCCUUUGGAUGAGCAGCUCUGAGGACAUAUCCGAUGCAGUUCUGGGCAUUAUCAGCUCUUGCAAAGAGUUGAAGCUUCUUCGUAUAGCUUCUGCUCACUUGCGAAACACAUUUGUCGAUGAGACGGUUAAUUUACUACAGAAGAUCAGGAAUAUCGAGUUGAAGAAGCCAUUACAGCUGGAAAUACCUCAUAACAUCCAUUCCAUAGUGGCCGAAGAGACGGGCUCUGGAUUAUACGUGUCAGUUGACUACGAACCACGACUUAAAUGGUAA